AUGAUGGAGCUCCCUUUGAACCCUGAACUUCCCGUUGUUGACCACAGCCGCCGCUACAGCAAAUAUGAGUGUUUGAUGUUCGCACUCAGUCACUACUAUGCAGAGUUACGCGAGGGGAAGACCCCAGUAGUCUCGCGUAUAGCGAAACUCUACGGGGUUUCUGAAGCAACUCUUCGGCGUCAUAUUAAAAAGCCUAACCACAAAACUCUCGAAGAAAUUCACCAAGAUCAACAGCUUUUGACACCAGCGGAGGAGGAGGCUUUGGUGGAGAGACUUUUAUUUCUUGAUGACUUUUGUGUUCCAGCCGACCGAACACUCUUCUACAGUUUAGCCAAUAACCUAUUGCGUCGCCGCAAAACCACAAACCCUGAUGAAACCCUACCAACUCUAGGAAAAAACUGGAUCUACCGUUUUCUCGGCAGACACCCAGAAUGCCCAUACGUUCUUACAAAAACUAUUGGUACCAACAGGGCAAAUGCAUAUAGUUGGGACGUAAUGGAUGAUUUUUUUUGGAAGCUACGGAAAGCAAUAGAAAAGUAUGAAAUUGGGCCGAAAAAUACAUAUAAUCUAGAUGAAAAGGGAUUUAUUAUGGGUAUCGGAGACAUUACAAAAGAAAUUUGUCGGAACGUACGCAAAGACCACGUUUUAAAGAGCAUCGGGUACGAGAAACUUGUACAGUAA